AUGAAACUAAUAAUAUUUAUAUUAAUAUCAGCUCUAACCAUUGGAUUAGUGUAUGGAGAUUCCAAUUUAUUAAUUUUCGAUGAUUAUCUAGCAAAUGACUUUCAAGAUUACUCAUGGGGUCAUUAUGAUCGAUGGUCCAACAAUCCAAUCUACAGAGGAAGUAACAGUAUAAAGUUUUCUUGUAUUAAUUUCAAUGGUCUUUAUUUUUCACGUCGUACUCAUUUAGAUAAAUCAAAGUAUGAAGGAUUUUCAUUUUGGGUUAAUCCAGGUAAUAAUUAUCUUUCACCAGGUAUUACUUUACAAUUGUCAAAUGAAAACGAAGUUGGUGGACCAACUCUUAAAUUGAUUUCAAAGAAUCAACCUUGGACCUCUGCAACUGGCAUGUCAUCUCUUCAACCAAAUAGUUGGGUAAAAGCUUUUGUUCCAUUCCCAAAUGAUGGUAAUACUUAUUCAGGAUUACGUAUUAUGAGUGAUACAUCUCAAGGUAGUGAUGUAUUUUUUGAUUACUUCCAAGUUGAAGUAGUUGGAAGUAAUAAUCAUCCAAAAGAGUAUCCACCUUCACCAUACAAGCCACCACCAGGUGCUUAUGGUACUCAAGUUUUACAACCUGGUGCCAUUUACCAAGCUGUUGACACUCAAGCCGAUCCUUCUCUUGGUGGUGUUUUAGGUGGUCAUUCAUUCUGGACAUCACUUGCAGUACCAGCAUUAAAUGAUCAAACUCAAUGGUCAUUCAACAAUGAUGCAAGAUUGUUUGUAAUGUCAUCUGGUGAUUUGUUGUUGACUGGAACAUUUAGUGGUGGAGGUUGUUGGAAAUGGCAAGCCAACAUUGAGUUUGCACCAUGGAUUGGAGCUCAACCAUACGCCAAACAAGAGUUGGCACCCUAUGCAUACGUACCCGAGGGACCCAUCGACCCAGCCACAUGGAGAUUUUACUUUUUAAGACCAGAGGAAAGUUAUUGGAAGGGUAUUGGUUGCAACAGAAACAGUAUGAUCCAAAUGACUGGUCUAGAGUACAACAUGCCUGCCAUGGUUGGGUACGGUGCCAAUGGAAAGAAUGGGAAUCUGGGGUUAUCCGUCUGGAUGACCUACAAGGCCGUCAAUGGAAUGUCGGUACACCCAUCCAACGAGUCACCACCCAUCGAUAUCAACAUUGACUUGAUUCCACUGUCAAGUUGGGAUGGACAAAAACAUGUAAAAAAAGAAAAAAAAUAG